CCGAAAGCGUCACUCUCAUCAUUCCACUCCAAGAAACACUCACAGCACACCAAUGGCUUCCUCAUCAUCUUCUUCUUCUCCUUCUUCUUCUGCUCUCCCUCUCAUUCUCAUUGCCUGCAUCUUCUCCCUCACCCUCUCCCCGCCUCGAGCCCUGGCCCAAUCCCCAUCGGCUCCGGCGCCGUCCCCUUCGGGCCCCGCGAACCUCACCGGCAUCCUCGCCAAGAACGGGCAGUACACCUACUUCAUCCGGCUGCUCACCACCACCCAGGCCGCCACCCAGAUCGAGAACCAGCUCAACACCUCCACCGAGGGCAUCACCGUCUUCGCCCCCACCGACAAUGCCUUCAACAACCUCAAGGCCGGCACCAUCAACGACCUCAACAACGAGCAACAGGUUCAACUCGUUCUCUACCACAUCGCCCCGAAAUACUACACCCUCCAGUCUCUCCUGAGCGUCAGCAACCCGGUAAGAACGCAGGGCAACUUUGCGGGCCUCAACUUCACCAGCGAGGGCAACCAGGUCAACGUCUCGACCGGCAUGGUCCAGACGCAGAUCAACAACGCGCUGUACCAGCAGUCCCCGCUGGCCGUGUACGAGGUGGACAAGGUCUUGCUGCCGCCGGAGCUGUUCGAGGCUCCAGCCCCAGCAUCAUCCACUCCCCCCGCACCGAAGAGCUCCUCCAGCGGGUCGAACUCAACAUCAUCCGCAAAGGCACCAUCUUCGGAGAACAGCAAUUCCGGCACAAGUGAGAGGAGUAACGUGUGGCUAGGGUUUGUUGUCGGGGUUGGGAUGAUGUGCAUGGGGUUUCUGUCGUGAGAGUUUAAGAUGAAGUCCUGAGUUCUGCAUAUAAAGCACGUCCUGUCACAUUUUGUGUGUCUCUCUUCAUUUGUUACAUCUGAGCUUCAUUGACUUUCCAUUGCUGUUUGUUUGAACGUGGAGAUCCUUACUCACAUUGUUCUCAUGAA